AUGAAUUAACAGCGUAGACUUUCUCCAGCUCCAUCAAGUCCAAUGCAACGGAAUACAAUAAUUUCAUGUAUAAAUUAUAGUGAAAUUAGAACAUUCAAAUAGAUUUCAAUUCCUAUAAGUAACUCCGUCAACUCAUCCUGUAUAAUAUGUAUAAAUGUAAAAUCGUAAGACUUAAAAAAUAUAAAUUAUUAGAUAAUGAAAUAAGACAGCUUUCUAGAGAAAGAGAAACUAAUUAAAUACCUUAUUAAUAGUAAGUUUGUCAAAAAGGAUUUUAAAGUCUUAGAUUAAUGAGUUAACCAGAUGGUAAUUCAAGUAAAUCUCCAGUCGCUCCUGUUAUGCAAUCUUAACCCAAUAUUAGACCUAAUUAAAACUCUAAUUCAUUAUAAUUAUAUAUAGACAAUGCUUUAAAAAAUUAAAGAGAAGAAAUGUUAAAACUUAUUGAAUAAUAAACUAAAUAGAUUGAUUAUAUGCAUCAAUAAUAAUAAAUUAUCAUUUAAUAAUAAUAACAACAAUAAGAAAAAAAAAAAGAAUUAAAAGAACCACUUAAUUUUUAAUCAUAAAUCAAUUAAGUCAAAGAAUAAUUACAUUUUUAGAUUACUUAAACUUGUAGAGAAAUGAUUCAUAAAUUAUAAAAGCAAGAAUAAACUGAUUUUAAAGCUUUAUAAGUGUAAAUUGAAAAAUUAAAAUCUUAACUUUAUCAAAUUAAUCUAUCAACUAGCAAAUAAUCUGAUAAAAUGUAAUAAUCAUAUAAAGGAAAAGAAAACGAAUUAGAAGAAUACUAAUAUAAAAAACAUGCUGUUAAUUAAACAAAUUCUUUAGAUAAUUAUGAUUAAUACAUAAAGAAAUAUGAGUAAUUCAAUAAAUAAGUUAAUGAUUAUUUAAUUAAUCGUAAAAUUCCUGAUCAUCUAAGUUCAAUCCUUAAUUCUAGUAAAGAUUCUAAUAGUGAAAUUCAUGAAAUUGAGUAUAUAUAAUCAGAUCAUCCACUCACAGAUAUUACAAAUAUCUAAAAUAUUAAAUAAAAUAAAUCAUAAUAAUAAUAAAUCUUACAAUAAAUUGCUUAGCCAUCUAUUACUUAAUAAUUUAUGACUCAAAAGAAUACUAUUCAAUCAAUUAAUUAAUCUAAUGAAGAUUCUCCUAUAAAAGCCUUAAAUGAGUAAAUGAUGAUUGAUAGUUUAGAUAAUAUUAAUGUUCAUGAUCCAAAUAAUCUAUAAAUUACUAAAGAAGAAUUUGAUUAAUUGAAAUGUAUUUAUUAAACUUUAUUAUAGCUUAAAGAAUGUCUACAAUUCAUGAAAAUGAUGAUGAAGAUGAAGAACUUAUGUAUCAAGUUGAUGAAAAUGGAUUUAUUCUUAGUUAAGAUGGACAUCCUUUAAUUGACGAUACAGGAAAAAGGAUCUAAUUAACAAAAUAGGAAAUUCUAUUUUAUAAAAGCAAAAUUAAUAGUUGA